AUGCACUAUCACAUUGUUUGGUUAGAUCUAAAUAGCAAUCAUUCUAACGAAGACAAUCAAAAUACAAUUAAGCAACUGCGACAAAUCAUCGAUUCCGUGAAUGUAUUCACCGAAUGGAACGAAUGUGACAAUUUUAUUACAAACCUUGACAUCGAAAAUAAAGUUUUUAUGGUUGUAUCAAAUGAUUUCGACGAGAAACUUGUGGAUUAUAUUCAGAAUUCGUCUCAAAUAAUAUCUGUCUAUGUGCUCUCCUGUAAUCAUUCGCACUGGCAUAACCGAUGCAAAAAAGUCAGAGGUGUUUUUAUCCAAUUCGAAAAGAUCUUUGAUUCACUGAUCAAUGAAAUGCGACGAUACCAGGAUUCUUUACAUGGCAUUAUUAACGUUUCUCUCGUCGAUUCUGAAGCUGACAAUUUAAAUAGACUUGAACCGUCAUUUAUGUAUGCUCAAUUAUUUAAAGAAAUUUUUCUCAAAAUUAAAGAUAUUGACAAAACAAAAGAAAUGGAGGGACUGCUGGUAUUCUUACGUGAAAAAAAGUUCAACAAUAAAAGUCAAUUGAAAUUAAUUAAUGAUUUUGAAAAGCAAUAUGAUUCCAAUAAUGCAAUUCAUUAUUAUACAAAAGAAUAUUUUAUCUAUAGCACUUUAAAUGAAGCUUUACGAACUCAAAAUAUUGAUAUUAUUUUAAAAUUUGGAUUUUUUAUCCGAGACCUUCUUCUGCAAAUCACUAAAUUACAUCUGGAAAAUGCAAAUAUGGUACCAUCUACUGUUUAUCGAGGCCAAGGCGUAUCGACUUCUGAUUUUGAUAAAUUGAAAAACAAGAAAGGUGCUCUUUUAUGUUUCAAUAACUUUUUAUCUGCAAGCACCGAUGAAAUUGUAGCUCGAUCUUUUGCGGAAAGUAAUUCCGACGCACCUGAUACCAUUGGAAUUCUAUGCAAAAUAGAGAUCGAUCGCUCAAUUUCAUGCUCGUCGUACGCCUACUUGACAAAUGCAAGUCAUCAUAGCGACGAAGAAGAAGUACUUUUCUCAAUGAAUACGGUUUUUCGCGUCGGUAAUCUGGAAAACAUUGGUAAUAAAUUAUGGAAAAUUACUCUAGCUUUGUCAAGCGAUAUUGAUAAACAAUUGAAACAUGUUACUGAUUCGUUCCGGCAAGAGAUGGGACAAGGGAAUGGACAGUAUCAGUUAGGACACUUGAUGCUUAUUUUGGAUAGAUUUGACAUAGCAGAACAGAUAUAUUCGAAAUUAGACAUUUUUCCUGCAACUGCCGAUUGGAAAGAUUUGGCGUUAUUAUUUAAUCAGCUUGGAUUGGUUUAUGAUGGAAAGAAUGAAUACUCAAAAGCGCUUGAAUUCUUCAAAAAGACAGCUGAAAUUGAGGAACUAUUUGUUCCUUCAAAUCAUCCGGAUUUAGCUACUACGUACAGUAAUAUUGCCGCAACUUAUCACUCGUUGGCCGAUUACGUUAUGGCACGUAGUUUCUAUGAAAAAGCACUUCUUAUUUUGCCUCCAGAUCAUCCGAAGGUGCCGCCCGUCUACAACAACAUUAGUCUUCUUGACAAAUCAAUGGGAGAAUAUCAUACAGCACGACUCACGUGCCAGAAAGCAUUGGAAAUCGCAGAAAGUAUCUUUGCACCGAAUCAUCCCAACUUAGCAACCAUCCAUGAAAAUUUAGCUACAAUAUAUCAAAUCUUAUGUGAGUAUCCGGAAGCAUUAUCUCAUUAUCGUGAAGCUUUACGAAUCAAUAAAAGAACGCUACCUUCGGAUCAUAGAUCCCUGCUUAUCACUUACAACAACAUGAUCUCAGUAUACACUGAGAUGGGAAGCUAUUCGGAGACCAUUAAAUUGUACGAAUCUACACUCAAAAUACCAUUGAAACGUCUUGUCGACAGAUAUCCAUCGCUGGCUAUUGCUUACAGCAACGUUGGUUUUGCAUACUUAGAAACAGGGGAGAUUUCUAAAGCAUUGUCAUAUUGUUUCAAAGCAUUAUAUCUCCAAUGGAAGCACAAUCGUGUGAAUAACUUAGAUAUGGCGACGACUUAUAGCAAUAUCGGUCAUAUUUUUCUAGAACAGGAAAAUUUCGCAUACGCGCGUUCGUUUCACGAAGAAGUUCGGAUAAUCCAAGAAGCAUGUUUGGACCAUGGGCAUCCAAAGUUAGCAACAACUUAUAAUGACCUUGGACUUGUAUAUCAAGGACUGCAAAAUUACAAAAAUGCAUUAUUUUAUUUACAAAAGGCACUUGCAAUACGACAACAGUAUUUUCGUUCAGAUCAUCCAUCUCUAGCGUCAGUUUUCAACAACAUCGGAAUGUGUUUCGCGAACACUGAGCAGUAUGAGGAUGCAAUGAUUUGGUACAAAAAGGCAUUAGUUAUUCGCGAAUUAUCUCCAGUUUCAAAUUAUAGAAAUUUAGUAACUAAUUACAAUAAUAUAGGAUGUGUUUACUAUGAACAGAGAUAUUACUGUAAAGCAUUAAAAUUCUUUGAAAAAACGCUCAAGAUCGAAGAAAAAUUUCUCGGAGCGGAACAUCCAGAUUUGGCUAACACUCAUUAUAACCUGUCGCUUGUAUUAAACGCUCUUCAACAACAGGAAAAAGCAUUUUAUCAUUUUAUGCAAAUUGUUCAUAUUGCUGGUCAUAAGCCCGAAAUUGAUGAAUAUUUUGAAAACAUCUACCAAUCGCAAAAUUAUAAAAAUUAG